CAAGCUGGCAACCCAAUAGCUCCAUUGAAUUCAUAAAAUUUAUAGAAGUAAACACAAAGACAUGUCCAAGCCAGAUUCAGUGGGUGAAGCAACAAAGUCCGGCAAUGCGCCACCGUACAGUUUUAACUAUGACUACGCCGCCUCUAUGCGAGCUCCGCCGCCCACAUAUGAGCAGAGUCAACAACAAACGAUUGACUAUUCACCAGCUGCAGGUGCUAUGCCUAUGCACGUGCCAAGCAAUCAGUAUUACGGGAUGACGCACCAUCAACAAUUGCCUGUGAUGCAUCAGGGUCAUCAAGGCUAUGGCUUAGCUGGGCCGAGUACGUCUGCAGGAGCAGCUGCAGCGCAUGUUUUAAAUGUUGAUUCACGAGCUACGUUGCGUACCACAGCUUCGGGCGCUGUUGUUGUGCCGCCACCUCCACCUGGCUGUCUACCCACACCUGCUCAAUUGGCUGCCAUGCAGGGAAAGCCGGUUGUGGUGCAGCAAAAGAAACGUUCCUUUUUUUAAUACCACAAAGAUCGGUUG